AUGCCGCUCGCCGCGCCAGGCGCAGGGGCUCAAGGCACAGGCCGCCGACCAGGAAAGCCUCCGGCUGCUCCUGGACGACGUGCUGCAGAAGCACACGGAGCAGAUCCUGCAGGCCAUCCACAGGCACACGCCCGCAACCUCGGACCGCACGGGCGAGCUCUCGGAGUGCUCCGAUGGCUCGCCGGCCGCGUCCGUGGCUCUCGUGGGCCCGGCGGAGGGCCCCCCCGGCAGCGGGGCGGCGCCGCGCCUCCUGGAGGGUCUGGGGACGAAGAGGAGGAGCGAGAUGGAGCGGGCGGAGAGUUUCGGGAAGGCUCUCGCCUCUGGGGUACCAUCAGCCAUGCGACGGUGGCAAAUUAUGCCCAGGUGGGCGAGUUUCUGGAGAUCUGUAAGGAGAUCACCAGAAGCAGCGGCAGUCCAUGGCUGUUUAAAUUCGAGGAGUGGCUGGAUUGGUGGGGUGCACUGAAGAACCCGAAGGGCACGAGGUGCGUCGACAAGCUCGUGGAAAGCCCUUAUUUCCAAGUAGCUUGUGCCCUUAUCAUUCUUGCCAAUACGGUUUUCGUGGCCAUCGAUGCAAACACGCAGAUGGAGAACUAUGUGCACACAGUCAGCGAGACGUCCCAUACCAAGGCCCAGCAGUCCAUUUUUCUAGUUCUGUACAUUAUCGAGCUGUUUUUGCGGGGUGCUUCGGAGGGGCGUUAUUUCUUCUACGGCGAGAACAUGAAGUGGAACUGGUUCGACAUGGGCAUCAUUGUCACUUCCAUCCUGAGCGACUUCGUAAUGUCGCAGAACUCCUUGUCGUUUCUGCGUGUUGCUCGCAUCCUGAAGGUUGUCAAGGUCUCUCGGGUGUUCCGGGGGCUCCGCCACGCUGGGCUGGGGGAGCUGCAGCGGAUGGUGACGCAGGUUACAGGCUCGCUGAGAUCCCUCGUCGGUUGCUUCGCGCUGCUCGCGUUCAUCACGUACGUUUUUGCCAUUUUCUUUGUGUACAGUCUCUGCGACCUCCCAAGCGUGGACGAUGAGCACCUCGAAGGGAUAUUGGAAUUCUUUGGCUCGGUGGCGCAGACUAUGCUCACGCUGUUACAGGCCACGACCGGCGGGCUUGACUGGCGCGACGUCUAUGCUGUGCUCUCCGAAGCAGGCAGUCUUGUAGCCUUCUGCUUCAUUUUGUACGUCCUUUUCUUCGUGAUUGCGGUUUGGAAUAUAAUAAUGGAUUACCGCUACGUUCGUCGAGAAGAUGUCGAAAAUGGCCAAACCCGAUAA